CCCUCCCCGGGCCAGAGUGAGAGCACAGGGAGCCUGGGCUGCUAAAUGCUCCAGCCUCAAAGGGACGAUGGUGGAGGGCUGGUAAAGAUGGCGGCGCUCUCCGAGGAUGGGAGAUACGGAUUAAAUUGUGGCCAACAGAGCGCAGAUAGAGUCACCGUAUUGCACGUCAAAUUGACCGAGACAGCGCUGAGAGCAAUAGAGAGCCACCAAAAUUGUAAGAAUGUACCUUCUUUGCAGCCAACGAUACAAUUCAAGGGACUCCAAGGGCGCAUUAAAAUUCCCAAGAAUAAUUCAUCCUCAGACACCUUCCACAAUUUUGAUUUCUACCUGUCUAAUGUGGGCAAGGACAACCCUCAGGGAAGCUUUGAGUGCAUCCAUCAGUAUGUGUCGAGCUCAGGGGCCUCACACCUGGCAUUGUUGGCGACUGUACAGGACAAGGUCACAGUGUGCGCCACUAAUGACUCCUACCAGGUGACCCGGGAACGCAUGACCCAGGCCGCGGAGGACACACGUGAACGCGGGACCAAAGUCAUCAAGCCUGGGGGCCAGUACAGAGGAAAGCAAGUCCAUAUACGUAAGCCGGCGCUAUCAGCCCCAGAUGUGGUCCCUGAGCGCAAGCGCUCCACACCCAUCAACCCAGCCAACACUAUUCGUAAGUGCCUUUCCAAUAAUCCCGUGUCUCAGCGGCCGUUCCGGGACCGCAUCAUCCACCUCCUGGCGCUGAGGUCCUACAAGAAGCUGGAAGUGCUUGCCCGUUUGCAGCGGGACGGCAUCAACCAGAAGGACAGAAACUUACUGGGGACCACCCUGCAACAGGUGGCCAACCUGAACCCCAAAGACAACACAUACUCAUUGAAGGACUUUAUUUAUCGUGAUGUCCAGAGAGACUGGCCUGGCUACUCUGAAGAUGAGAAGACCCAGGUUGAGCGGAUCCUGGCUCGCAAAUUAGGUCUUCCUACUGAGACCCUCUCAUCAAGCAGUCCUCCCAAAGAGAGUGUCCCCACAUCCCCCCAGAAGCGCCAGCCAGACUUUGACUUCAUCGAUCCUUUGGCGCCCAAGAAAGCCCGCAUCUCCCACCUCAGCAAUCGGGGGCCAGCAACGUCUUCAUCCUCCUCCUCUGACCGCCACGAGGACGAGGGCAGCCCCAGCUCUAAACGCUCGUCCCUACCCUCCAACGUCACCUCGGGCCCUCCCAGCCAUCUCCCCAUCUCGUCCCACCCUCCUGCACCCUCUCACCAGCAGCCCAGCCCAGCCUCCAACUCCAACUCACCCAGCACGCCAGAGGGCUGUGGCACGCAGGACCUUCCCAUGGACCAGAGUUCUUCCUGCAGGGACCCUUCACCCAGCCCCUUCUCCUCGGAUAGGUCCCUGCAGGACCGCUAUCAGCACCCUGUCCCCGUCCCCAGGCCAGCUGCCUCCCCCAUCCCUCCUCCCCCUCCUUGCACCUCACUCACAGUUACCUCCACUGUCAUCACCAGCCCUCCCUUGUCCAGCAGUACCAACAAGAAGUCGAAAAAGAAAUCCAAGAAGCACAAAGAUAAGGAUCGAGAGAGGGAGAAAGGGAAACAGACGGAAAAAGGUAGCAAAAGCCCUCCCAGUGUAGCAGUGCAGGCUGAAGAGACUCGUAGAGCCAAAAAGAAGCGCAGUGUUGAGGAAGACAACAGUGAAGUUAUCGUCAAGAAUCCUCACAAAGACCAAGACUCUUCAGAAAAAGAGAAGCCAGUCCAGUCCACUGAAUUCUCCUCCACCAUUGAGAUGCCGGACUAUGUAGUGAAGUACAUGCCGUUGUUGUCCGUGGACCAGCGACAAAACUACAAGGAUGACUUCAAUGCAGAGUAUGAUGAGUAUCGCCUGCUACACGCCCGUGUGGAGAGCAUCACCCGCCGCUUUACCCAGCUGGAUUCCCAGUGUCGGAAACUGGCCCCAGGCACCAAAGAAUACCAGAAGGUGCAAGAAGAAGUCUUGAAAGAGUACAAAAAGAUGAAACAACACAGCCCCAACUACCACGUGGAGAAACAACGCUGCGAGUACCUGCACAACAAGUUGGCCCACAUCAAGCGGCUAAUAGCUGAUUUUGACCAGCGCAGGGCUCAGUCCUGGUGCUGAGAGCACAGCACACAACAUCCUCACUAAUCAGUAUUGAGAAAGGAGUGUCGAACCAGGAGGGGGUGUCCAACUGGCUGUUAUUUAUUAACACCCCUUCAGUUACUGCCUCCGCAAGAGCACCCCUCCCCCACCUCUCCUCCUUCCCUUUUCCCAUCAUCCUUUUUCAUUCCUUGCUUCUUUUUUCGAUCUUUGAUUCCACUGGCUUCAUUGUUGCCUGCAACCUUGAAAAUCUCACUUUGACUUUACCCCCCAUCUUUUGCUUUCUCUGUUUCUUCUCAAUGAGCUCCUGUGGAAUUUCAUACCACUGGACCAGUGGCAGGGGCUGCCUGCAUGUGUGAAGGGGUUUGGGGAAAAAACUUCAAUUCUUCUAACCUUUGAAGGACUUCCUCUUCAGGCAAAAAAAAGAACAAAAAAAGUAUUUUUGAGCAUCAGAAAAUAUUAACUUGUAUUUAAGUAAAAAAAAGAAAGAAAGAGGGAGAUCUAUUUAUUUUGGGACUCGUAGUGCAAAGAAGAGUCCGCAGAUGAUAUAUUGUUUAACUUUUGUUGAAAACAAUGCAAAAAAAAUUACCGCGGGCCUUAUGUGUUUUGACUUUGUGAAGCCAUUUUGCACGCAAGAUCCAUUAUGUCGUCUCAUUUAGCAAAGAUGUCUCUCCUGCCUCAUUUCCUCUGAUAAUAGAAACUGUACUGGAUAACCUUGCUUCAACACGUUGCUGAGUUUGAGGCUGAAUUGAGAGGAAAUGAGACGAGCAGGAGAAAUCACCUGCGCUGAAUGAGAAGCAACAACAGUAUGUGUGCAUGGAUUGUAAAUUUAGUUGUAAUGGCCACGUGGGGUGGUGAGGGUGGGGUAAUGAAAGGAAUAUGAUCCCCUGUCAGUAGGGGGCAGUAUUCCCUGCACCAAAAGUGUUUAGUGUUCAUGGUGCAUUAUGGGUGCCUUAAGGUGUUUACACUCAGAAACGUCGAGUUGGGCCGACCCUUAGGGUCCACAGGCAACACAAAGGAACUAUAACUGCCUGGAAACAGGUUGUGUGUGUAUGUAUGGGUGUGUGUGUGCAUGUCGGAGUUGUUGAAGAAGGAAAGGAUGUUAAGUCUGGAAGGUGUGUUACAAAUCGUAUGAGUGUGUGUGUGCGUAUGGUUGUGCAUUAUGUGGAGUGACAGGUGUAUAAAAAUAAAAAUGUGGAGAAAAAAGUGAGAAAUAUGAAAAACAAAUAAAAAAAAGCUGCUAUAGUGUUUGACCAGCCAGAGCACUCAGGAUCAACCUGGCUGGAGUAACAGUACCUAAACUUAAUUGAAGAGAAAUAGAUCCUUAUUUUCCAGAGUGGUUCAUCUCGAGCCUGGAAAGGACUGCGCCCACCUCUUCAGCUUUAUCCAGCGGCAAACAGCCUGUGUUUCUGUUUAAGAAAGAAGCAAAAAAAAAAAAAGAAAAAAAAAGAAACGUCAUCCACCAGAGGACAAAUCUGUAUUAUGAUUUCAAAAUGUAUUUGAUUCUCAGUUUGAGUUCUGCAGAGCAGUGAAAGAUUUCAGAGUAGCCUUUUUUUUUUUGUCUUUCAACAUUGAUACCAAUUCGUUCAAUGGAUGGAUGAAUGGCUUCUAUGAAAAAGUCUUUAUUUCAACAAGGGAAAAUUUGUUUACAAACCUGUGUUAGAAUGUUUGCCAAAAAAUUAAAUACUUUUCUGGUACUGCAUCCAUGGAGUAAAAUUUCUGAUUGGGGCUUAAUUUUUAGUAGAAAUUAACACUGGAAUAUGUUUGUCCUUCAAUGAAGAAAACACCGUUACAUUUGGGGAUGUGAAGAGGAACUGAGCCACUGUUCCCCCAGAUAGAUCAACAACUGAGAGGUGCUAACUCUUGUUGUGGUCGGCCGCUUCUCAGCAGUCUGGUCUGAUUAUACUCAGCUCGUGAGGACAUGUAAGAGUCCAUGUCCUGUAUUGGGGAAAAAUGUAGCCCCUAUUUUUUUUCCCCACAAAUGGAGAUCUGAGUAUAUAAACAUAUAUUUUGGUUGUGGCAUUCUAUCAAGUAGUCAGUCUCUGCAGCAGACUGGCUGUUUUGUUCGGCUGUCAGAAUCAAUGUAACAUAAUUACAGACCUGGCCUAACUCACUUGUUGUCUCUCAAGUUAUUUUGGACAGAAAAUCAGCACUUGUAUCUUGGACGUGUCACAACAGCAGAUAAAAAAUAUCCACAAGAGUUUAGGCUCUACUUUAGAAUUACACUUACUAUGUCCAUAGACCACAGGGUCAGUGCUUUGGUUUAUUUUCUCCUGUUUGCCCUUGUAAUGGUCCCAGAAUUCAGGCUCAGAAAAUCCCACUACAGUUAAUUAAUGAUGGAGGCCGGGGCUUUAUAUGCAGCCUUCCAUCACACGUGUGUCCUCUUCUCAGCCUUCCAAACAUUUCUGUCUUCAUCAUAAAACAGAUUUACCUUAAUUGGGUCUGAUCAACAUGAGCUAUGUGACCCGUUUUGGUGGGAGGAAGGAGGGAAGAGUUUUGAUUAGGAGUCUUAAUGAGGAAGUGGCAAAGUUUAAAGAUGUCCUCGUAUUGUUUAGAUAUGAGAAACCACUGAAAAUUAAGUGAACUUUGGGUGAAAUCUGAUCCUGCCCAGCUGAAAAUGUAUAAGACAUUUCAAUAAAAAUCAAUUUAGUUUUACCUGGAAAA